CUACCGCUGUUUGCAGCUAGCUAAACUUUGAGUAGCCCGUUAAUGAGACAGUUGUAGAGCACAUAGUUAGCAGUAAUAAAACGUUUAAAGAGUUGUGUCGAGGUGAUUUUUUUUGUUAAGACAAAGAGUAAAUAUGUGCAAUAAAUCAGAUUUAAUCAUGAAUAAGGACAAAGAGAUUGACAUGAAGGAUGUGGAGCUCAAUGAGCUGGACCCUGAGAAGCAGCCCAUGACAGGGGAUGGCCAGGCAGCAAGUGGAGAGAAAAAUGGCAGCGUGAAGCUGAAGAUUCCUGAUGAUGAGGUUACAUUCACUGGCCUGUCCAAAGAGGAACUGAUGAGGGUUGCUGGUACUCCGGGAUGGGUGCGAACUCGUUGGGUGCUUCUUCUUCUCUUUUGGCUGGGCUGGCUCGGCAUGCUGGCCGGAGCCAUUGUAAUCAUAGUCCAGGCCCCUCGCUGCAAACCCAUCCCUGAGAUGAACUGGUGGAACAAAGGACCUCUGUACCAGAUCUCUGAUGUUGAUGCUUUCUCCUCUGAGGGAAUUAAAGGUGUUGAAGCAAAGCUGGACAACAUGAACAGUUUGAAGCUGAAAGGCCUCAUCCUCGGCCCUAUUCACACUGUAGAUCCCGGCCAGCCAAACACCCUGAAACUUACAGACGUUGAUGCAGCAAAGGGAAAAAACGAUGACCUUGUUGAUUUGGUGGUUAAGGCCCACACGAUGGGUAUUUCUGUGGUGCUUGACCUGACUCCAAACUAUCCAGGAGGCACUCCGUGGUUCAACACAGCUAAUGUUGAUGAAGUGAUGGAGAAAGUCACGGCUGCAGCAGAGUUCUGGCUGAGUCUGGGUGUUGAUGGCAUCAAGAUAUCUGGCCUCACUGUUGCUACCAACUCUGUUGAUUGGUCAAAACUGCAGGCUGCUGUCCAGGGCAACCGCACAGAGGACACCAAGAAGCGGGCGCUGAUGGGUGUAGUCGAACAUAUGUCCACUGUAGAGGUGUCUCAGAUGCUCAAUACCUCUGGGGUAGAUCUCAUUCUGUCUGACCUGCUUGAAAAGAAAAAUGGAGGUGUGGAGCGAAUCCAGGAUAUGGACACCCUUCACUCUCAGCAGAGAAGUCUGGGCUGGGGUCUAGGUGCUGCCCAACAAGACCAGCUGUCAAAAAUAGCAGCAACUCCUGCCCUGGUCCGUCUCUACCAGCUCCUGCUGUUCACCAUGCCUGGAACCCCAGUGUUUACUUAUGGAGACGAGAUCGGCCUUCAGGCAGAACAUGGUGAAAAAUCCCCUAAGAUGGUUUGGGACAUAGAUACUGAACCUGCGAAGGGAGCAGCUGUCAAUGAAACUGUUGAGGCUGAGAGGAAAGAGCGUGUUGCUACAAGCAAGUGGUUCAAAUUGCUCAGUGAUCUGCGAGGCAAAGAACACUCUCUUCUCCAUGGUGACUACUACCCCCUCUACUCCUCUGCCUCCUCCCUCUCUUUUCUCCGUCUAUGGGAUCAGAGCGAGAGAUACAUAACAGCUGUCAAUUGGGGAGCAGCACCACAGACACUCUCACUCAAACUGGCACCUACAGAGGGAGUAGAGUUGCCAGAUAUGGCCAAGGUUAAGCUGACAACGGACUCGAGCUUGAAGGAAGACUCCACAAUCCAUCUGGACAACAUCACCUUAGGACCUAGUCAAGCCAUCCUACUGCAGUUCCCCUAUACAGGCUAAAGAUGGCACCAAACUGCGGGAUACCUAGGUUUGACUUGUUUUUAAAGGAAACAAAAGUCAGUCCUAAUCCUUAGGAAAAAGAAAUGGGAUGUUUGUUUUUGCUAUAAUAAAUGGGACUUUAGUUUCAGUUUACUUGUUCACAGUGUAAAUUAAUUGGGUCAAAAAAGUCUGACAUUUGGCCAGUAUAAACACAGCUGGAUUUUUAAGGUUUUUAUAAAGAUAACAGUUUUGUCCUUGGAAAAGAUCCAGCCACUCACCAAAAUGCCAUUUUGUGAUUUCUUAAUGGUAACUAUAUUGUCCAAAUGUGUUAAAGACAUUCCAUUCCUGUUUUUUGGGCAUUAUUAUUAUUAUUUAGCAAUCCUUAUGGGUUUUUGUUAUACAUUUUGAGAUUGUGUUUUGGUGACGUUUGCUUGUCUUUUUUCCACCACUGGGACGAAAAACAGAAAAAGCAGAUUUGAGUAUGUGUGCUGACUUAGUUUUGAAGAAUGUUAAGAGUGCUGGUAACAAAAUUAUUGUGACUGGUUUCAAGUCUGUCAAGUGAACUGAACUGGAAAUGAAUAAACACAGUUCUGUACCCAA